AUCAAGAUGGAAAAGACAAUCCUUUGAACGACAUUAAUAUCAGUGCUGUGGGUUCUGCAGCACGCGUGUUGAAUAAAAUUUCAAAUCGUGAAGGUGAAGCAUCGGAUCAAAAACAAAAUACUAGUAUCGAGUCGAAACCUGCCUCUUCCAAAACAACAAAAGUUACACCACCUGUUGCGGGAUCUAAACCUAAGAAAUUGCCAUAUAAUGCUGCAGCAUACACACGUGGUCUCGCAGCUGCCUCAUUUACGUCGACGGCAAUGACGCCGGUGACCGUAAAUGAAAAUGCACUUAUCGACGAAGAUGAAUUUAUGUUUAAGGAAAUUAAAGCUAAAGGUUAUGUCCGUAUAACGACUAACCUUGGUAAUUUGAACGUAGAACUUUUUUGCGAUAAGUCGCCAAGGGCUUGCUUUAAUUUCAUCAUGCUUUCCAAACAAGAAUAUUAUAACGGGACAAUAUUUCAUCGCAAGAUCAAAAAUUUUAUGAUUCAAGGCGGGGAUCCUACUGGUACUGGUAAAGGGGGAGAGUCAUAUUGGAAAAAAGAUUUUGUAGACGAAUUUAAAAGCAAUUUGUCCCAUAAUGAACGAGGUCUUCUAAGUAUGGCAAAUAGAGGAAAGAAUACUAAUUCAUCUCAGUUACCAUGUGUACACUUGGACAACAAACAUACAAUUUUUGGGAAACUAGUUGGAGGAAAAGAUGUUCUAGAUAAAAUGGAAUCUGUCCCUACUGAUGAUUCUGAUCGUCCGUUAAAUGAGAUUAAGAUUGUUAGCAUAAAUGUAUUUGUGGAUCCAUACGAAGAUUACAAAAAAAAUCUUGAAAAAAAAUUGAAUCGACAAUCAGCAGAAACACCAAAUAAAAAACCACGAAAAAAUGAAAAGGACUCAACAACUAAUUGGUUCGGUAACAAAUUAGCAUCAUCAUCUAGUAUAAGCAAAGAAGAUAAUU